CCCUGGGAGAAGACCUGAGGGUCGGAGGCGCGGAUCCGGGAGAGCUGCCAAUUUUCUGUGAUAUGAAAUCAAUGUUCACCUGCAAUAAGUAGACAGCACAACGUAAGAAAGAUUAACACCUUAAGAUGAGAAAAAUUGAUCUGUGUUUGAGCUCUGAGGGGACUGAAGUGAUUUUAGCUACAUCAAGUGAUGAAAAACACCCACCUGAAAAUAUGAUUGAUGGGAAUCCAGAAACAUUUUGGACCACAACAGGAAUGUUUCCCCAAGAGUUCAUUAUUUGUUUUCACAAACACGUAAGGAUUGAAAGACUUGUAAUCCAAAGUUACUUUGUGAGGACCUUGAGGAUUGAAAAGACCACAUCUAAAGAGCCAGUUGAUUUUGAGCCAUGGAUUGAAAGAGAUCUAGUCCACAGAGAGGGGCAGCUUCAAAAUGAAGAAAUUCUGACACGAGAUGGCCACGCCACUUAUUUGAGAUUCAUGAUUAUAUCAGCCUUUGAUCAUUUUGCUUCUGUGCAUAGUGUUUCUGCAGAGGGACUAGCAGUCUCAAAUCUUUCUUAGUAAUUAUAACCAAAUACUCUUGCAUGAUUUUUUUAACAAUAUAUUUAUUUAAAAAUGAAGUUGUCAUUGAUAUGCUUUUAUUAAAGGGAUUUGUAUCAA